AGAGGGAGAGAGAGAGAGGGAGAGGGAGAGAGAGAGAUGACAAUGGAGUUGAUGAAGAUAGACACCAUAGGGUUGGUUCUUGCAAGUAGCUUGGUUGGAUAUGUUUUUGUUUUUUGGUUCCUGAAGAGAGUAAAUGAAUGGUGUUACUGUUUGGGGAAGAAGAAUUUGCCACCAGGAGACAUGGGUUGGCCUUUGAUUGGUAACAUGAUAUCUUUCUCAAAGGCUUUCAAAUCUAGUGACCCUGAUUCCUUCCACAACAAUUUGGUCAAGAGGUAUGGAAAAGUUGGUAUGUACAAGAAUCACUUGCUCGGAAAACCAAUCAUCAUCGCUUCUCGAUCGGAAUUAUGCAAGGCAAUCUUACACGAUGACGAAAAUUUCAAACUCGGGUAUCCGAGUUUACCAGAACUCAUUGGGAAACGAUCGAUAGCAACCAUAGAUGGGGUCGAACACAAGCGUCUACGCAAGCUUACAACGGCUCCGAUCAACGGACAUGAAGCACUAUCAAUGUACAUUGAGUAUAUGGAGGAUGUGGUGAUGGAUUCGUUGGAUGAAUUGAGUAGCAUGAACAAGCCGGUAGAGUUGCUCACCGAAUUAAAGCGCGCAACAUUCAAAGUUGUGACAAAUAUUUUCUUUGGUCCCGAAGGUUUUCAAUUUCUUGAACCAUUGACGAAAUUGUUUCAUGCUCUUAGUAAGGGCAUUUUCGCAGCGCAUGUUAACCUUCCUGGAUUUUCAUACUACAAGGCUCUCAAGGCACGUGACAAGCUCGUGAGAAUUGUUGAUAAUACAAUUGAAGACAGAAAAGUGAGAAACAAAAGUAUUGACUUCACCAAGGCAAAGAAGAGCAUGUUAGAUUUGUUGUUGGAAGUUGAAGGUGAAGAUGGUGAAAGAAUGGACAAUAUUACCAUUAUUGAUUUAUUGGGAUCAAUCUUAAUUACUGGCCAUGAAACCACAGCAAUUGCUACAAUGUGGUUAUUGCUCUUCCUUGAUGAAAACCCACAAGUCUAUCAAAAGCUUAAGGAAGAACAAGAGGAGAUCAUAUCAAAGAGACCUUCUACCCAGAAAGGAUUGACUAUGGCGGAGAUUAAAAAAAUGAGUUAUACCGACAAGGUAAUUCAAGAAGUACUUCGUAGGGCCAAUGUUGGAGUUGGAGCUUUUCGCGAGGCAGUCAAUGAUGUUAAGCUAAAUGGAUACACUAUACCAAAACGAUGGAAAGUGUUCAUAAUGUUUAGAACAAUCCACUUGGAUCCUGAAAUCUAUCCAAACCCCACAGCAUUCAAUCCAUCCAGAUGGGAUAAUAAAAAUAUAAAAGCUGGAGCAUAUGUGCCAUUUGGGCUUGGGAGUAGGAUUUGCCCAGGAAAUGAGUUGGCCAAGACCGAAAUGUUUGUUUUUCUUCAUUGUUUUGUCCUCAACUACAAGGUUGAGAGAAUGAAUCCAAAAUCUCCAAUGGUGUACUUUCCAACAGCAGAGCCUAAGGACAAGUUUAUGGCCAAAAUUAGAAAACUGCCAUAAUCAUAAAUAACUAAAGCCAUAUAUAUAUGUAUAUAUGUAUGUAUGUAUGUAUAAUGCAAACAAUAAUAUGUCCAAAAUGUGCUUCAAAUUUAAAGUGUCACAAACUGUUGUUGGACAUGUAAUAUGUAAUUGAGAGAUGUGACGAUUGUGAUGUUAGGUCAUGUGUUGUUCUAUGUGGGUUAUAUUUACUCCAUCAAUUUUAUAUUUAAGGUUGUUUACUUUAUGUG